CUUGACAGAUAAUAGAGCAGAAAUUGAAUAAUAAGGUGUUGGGACAUUAUUGCAUCCCGGGUUGUACAAGAGACGGAAAUUCUUAAUAGCAAGUACCGGGUUUUUCUCGAAAUUGACUUUUCACACGAAUAAAACAUUUAAAACAUCAGUUACCGUAUGCUAAGGAGGUAAAGUUGUGACCCAAUAUUGUCUAAUCUCUCGUAAGCAACCACCUCCCUUGAGCGACUACCUAGGCUUGACAUAUUGGGUAGUUGGUUACGGGAAGUUCAAUAGUAUUUCGGAAAGGUGAUUAUAUUCACAAUUGUCGAUCUACACAUUUCAGAGAAAUUGACAUUUAGAAAGUAAUUUUGUCUAAAAGAGCUUUCGGGAAAUAAAACGAGCUGAAAUUCUCGUCGUUCAGAGCUUAUUUCAUCAAAAAAAACAUUCAACAAAAAACAAGAAUUCGGAUCCUUCAAAAUAUUUUUCCUGCUUCGUUUUGCAGGUUCAAGUUUGACGCUUACUGUUUAUUUACAUUUCACAUCAUUAAAAAUUAAGGGUGUGAGGUGUUUUUUGUCAAUGACCUGAUAAUAUGGUUAUUUUCUGUGAACUGGCUUUAUUUUUUACGAGCUUAGAAGAUUCGCAGGAACACAUCGCCAUCGGAAGACCUUACGAUACAAAUUGAUAUUUCCUGUUUUUACCCAAAGGUAUGUCCCAAUUUGGAUUCUUUCAUAAAGUUAUAUUUCUUUUUCAGUAUAUUUUUACACCUUUCUUCAAAUCAAAUCAAAGUGAUAAUUAUCCUUUAGAAAUAUCAAUAUCUCAUCCACUGACCCACAAACUCGAGUAGAUGAUUCAAUUUCUGACUAUAACAGUUUAGAAGUUGUAAGAAUAAAAGGCUUCCCAGUUUGACAGCUUAACUCGCUCUAGUUAUAUAAGAAACACUUGCAGAUUAUUUCUUUGUGUUGCGGUGGCAAUUUAUGAAAAGUACCUUAAAGGUCAAGACAGACACGCGAUGUCCUGUGGUGGACAGAACAGAGUACAUCAGCUUCAACAUCGGAAGCUUAAAAUCACAGCGCGGCCACGAAACUUCGUAUAAGUUUUUCUAGAAGCUAACAAGUCACCGCUAAUCUAAAGUACAUGAAUUUAGUGUGAGUAGCACACUUAGAUAUCAUUUCACCAAUGGGCUCUAACUGCGCCUCAGUCAUGAAGUUAUAAAAAAAUACCCUGUGGCGAUUGCUUCGAAGGUCCCAUAAUUUUGUGAUGGAGCGAUAAGAGGGAGGGGGAAAUAAAUAAGUUAUUUACCGGCUUGAGGCCGGUCCGUAUCGUAUAGUGAAAAACUUUGUGCACGGACUCAAAAACGUUGUUGGAAAAGUGAUAAAAACUGUUGCCAGCCAUCUUCCUAAAUCAUCAGUUUAACGUUUAACUCUUUGUUAUCGAGAUAUCAUUACGCUGUGAAAAACAUAUCUUAGCAUUGUUAUGUUAGAACUCGCGUCAGUAAAGCGAUAUUACACUACAGCAUAAGCUGUAUUACUUACAGAAAUUUGUAUCAAACAGAGAAUAUAUCAUUUGACACUGUACCGUGAGGUCACUAGGCAUGUAUCAUGUUUCUUUACACAGCACAGAGAUGAAGAUUGUCUCCGCCCUUUUGGUGGGAUGGGCGAUCCUUCUAAUGAGUUUACGUUAUGGUCGAGCAUCAUCUAUCAAACAUAAUCGACUAAAAGAAACAAGUCUGACAGAGGAAGGGAGAGGAGAGAGAAGAGCAUGUCCUGGUUUACCCGAAAAACCAAGGUAUCUUUUAGUGGAAAAAUUGGUAAAAAGAGCGACAGGGAGAACUAACGUUUGCAAUCUAUUCACUUACGGUUGUUGGUGUGGUCGACGUGGACACGGAAAAUACGUGGACAACUUUGAUUACUGCUGCAAAGUUCACGAUUUUUGUGAGAAAGACCUUGAUAAAGAUCCGGACAAGUGUGAUGUUGUCGGAGGACUUAGGUAUAAGGCGAAAAAAUUCCUCUACGACAAAGAUACCAACAAGUGUUGUGAGUAACAUAUCAAACACUCAAGACAUUGU